UCCACCUGCCUGUACCCGUCGCGGUCUUGGUCUCAACCCUGCAAUACUUACUUGACAAUGAGCAAAUGGCGGCCGGGGCAAUGAUACUACUUCUUGCAUCUUUGGUAUUACAAGCUACACAAGUCUACUCCGCAGGUUCCCCCCAUGGCUGUUUCCUUGAAGACAUCAGACACCGCCAUCUCCCCUUCAGCCCCGGUUACUAUGACCCAAACGGCCUCACCGUAGAAGUGUGUACCAACUUGUGUGGCGCCUACACAGCAAUAUACGCAGGUUUGAUAUCAGGUCGGUUCUGUUUUUGCGGUGACAAGGCGCCCAAUGCUACCUAUGCUACCGGCGCCGCCAGCUGUUCCACCCCAUGUACCGGGGACGGGUCUCAAAUGUGCGGGGGUGAGAACUACCUCAGUGUGUACGAGUCUGCCCAACCAAUCAAGAAGGUGGAUCUGAGCGUCGCUCCACAAUUCGCGAAGACAGGAGACCCGGUGGCGUUUUCCAUCGACGUCGACGCUGGUGGGAUCUUGACGUACCAGAUGAACUACGAUGACGGUAAUGGUGACAUGAAAAACAACGCUACGGGUAUGUUGACGAAGACGUAUACGAUUCCUGGUCAGCAUGACGCAAUGGUUACCGCUAUGGACACUGCUGGGGCUAUUGUGCCGAAGUCCAACGUGGCAGGUUUAGUCGUACAAGCGCCCGUCAAGAACAUCACCGUCGAGUGUCCCUUGUUCGUCACCGACGAAGAGGACAAGUGUGUUGCUACCAUCACUGAGGGGACUCAUUUACGUUUGACGGACACCGUGGACAGCACAGAAAGGACCAUUGACGUCGCAGAUCCGAUUGUGGAUGGCGCUGGUUGUUGCGUGCCGUCGACGUCCGAUCUUCAAGAGGCCACCACCAGCGACAACGACUACAUGAUGUACGCCUCUGAGUUUAAGUACGAGGGCGUGGUCACGCAGUGGGAGCUCUGGGCAGAGACGACUGGGACACUAACGCUCUUGAUCCUAAAACCUGGAUGCGCUGACUAUUGCUAUGAGUCUAAUGCAUGUGGAGCGUGUACUGGAUUGACUUGCACCAACCCCGACAUCUUCUGCCCCAGGGCUCAAUCCUGCUCCACAGGAUGUACCCCUCUCGACAGACACCCCUGUGCCGCCCCCCUAUCUGACUACACGAUCCGUCAGACAGUCACCCUCACGCUUACAGCCACCGGCUAUCAAGUCAUCGACUCUCAAGAGUACACCCACGUCUAUCCUGGGGAUAUCAUCGCCUACAGAAAAUCAGCAGGAUCUGCUGCAUUGACAGUGUCCUACAAUCAAACAGAAUGUGACAGAAGCUAUCCGGCCUCCACAACCAAUUUUGCAAAAGCAGCUGGAACCUCGAUGUCCAAUACCCGCCAUCAUCUCAGAGCCAUUUACUCAAGUCAGACCAAGGUGUACCUCACCUACACCUUCACCACCGCCGGUACAUACUCGCUGACCACCAACGUCAGUAACAUUGACAUUCCCUUCUCCGAAAUGAACAUCACCGAGAUCGAAGUCUUACAAGGCAUUAAUGCUACUGUCAUUGAAGCUGCCAUGUAUUGGGUUACAAAUGAGCAGGGAACGCUAAACAUCCUGCCACACACAGGAACCAACGUAAAACGCAACUGGGACUUUGGUGAUGGAUCCACAAUUAACGACACCACAACUGACCACUACAAUCACACGUUCACAUCAAAGGGCGAAUACAAUGUCUCGGCCAUAUCCUGGAAUCAACUGACCAGUAAAUCCAACGUCACAACAGUCCUCGUUGAGGACAGAAUUACUGACUUCACAGUCUCGUACAGCCCCUGCGUGACCCUCACCAGUUGCCCUUUCACGAUCCAGUUGACAGGGGGGUCGGAUUACACUAUCGAAUGGGACUUCGGCGACUCCACUUCCAAUACCACUCAGGAGGCCGACUACGGUAACAACGACAUCGUCAAUCACGUCUACAGCAUUGGUAACAACUAUACAGUAACUGCUAAUUGCUCAAACCACGUUAGUUCUAUCGUCUUCGUCUUUAUUGUAGCAGUGCAGGAAGAGUGUCUUGGGUUGGCGUUGGUCAGAACUGGAGCUGAGAAAUUAGUAAACUUCAGAAUCGAAUGGACAUUGACUCAAGGAUCAGACUGCGUGUUUAAUUUGGAAUUUGAUGGCAACACCAUUCCUUUUGAGUCUGGAGAUAUUGUCAGUAAGAAAUGGCAGACGGCGGUCCUUCCUGGGAAGCCGGCGAACGAAUAUCCCCUGGUUCUGAUAGUGUCCAACAUGCUUGGUUCCAGAAACAUCACCGAAAAAUUCAUCAUAGAAACUGCAAUGAGGGACGUAUCAAGCAGCUGUGACACUGCGAAGACCGGCACCAAUAUGCCUGUAAAUUGCAACGUGCAGAUGACAGAAGGAUCAAACGUUGCAUGUACAUGGGACUUCGAUGACGGUACCCCAGCGGUUACCCACGAUGAAGGACCCGCUGACUGGGCUAUCCGCGCCAACCCUGUUGAAACUCGUACCCAUUCUUUCACCAUAGGCAAGCUACAUAAUGUGAGCAUCACUUGCGCAAAUAACGACCGUUCUGAAAGUCAAUACCACUCAGUUCUCGUCAUACAGAGCGUCGUUGACGUCGAGCUGGUCCACAGAGAAACCAUAUUCUUCGCUCCUCCUGGCAUUGGAGCUUUCGCCUUUGAAACUGCUGGAGGGACGCCGAAUGAGGCUCAAGCGGAAUUCGACUUUGGCGACAACCUUGGCCUCGAGACAAUGCCGCUUCAAAUGGAUUACAACUAUACCCACAGUUACAGGGACCCCGAUUGUUAUGCUAUUCAGGCUAAAAUCUGGAAUGAAGUAAGUGGCAAGAACUUCACAGGCCACCAGAUGUGCGUGAUUGAUCCCGUGGAGGACCUGGUCGUCACAGCAGAUCCACCUGGAGCUAUAAUAAGUCAGGCAGCAAACAUCAAGGUCAUCAUGUACCGUGGUCCAAGCGGUCUGUUUGCAAACAUCUCCUGCGACUUUGGCGACGGUAGUGGAGCACAAACCUGGCAACGGACAGGUUCGGGACAGAACGGUGAAGACGUACGUCAGGUGACGUACGCUACGUUAGGAACAAAGACCAUCACGUGCGACAUCACGACUCCGCUUCAGUUUGAGACAGCAACAUACCAGAUAGAAGUGGAUCAACCUGUCACUAAUGACUGUGUUCUGUCUACAAACUACCCUGUCACCCAUCCCAAUCAAAUUGAAUUCUACGUAGAAUGCGCUACCAAUCCAAUGCCGACUAAUGCCCAGGUGACUAUAGACAGGGGGGAUGGAUCUCCUCCAGUUACAGUUAAUGUUCCCGCUUUGACGGCUGGAACUCGGGCACUCAUCCACAGUUACACCCCUGCCUCUGACGGCCACUACGUCGCACAACUCACCAUGGCUAACGGAGGCUCCAGCAUCAACGCAACGUUGUUUGCGGGCAGUUACAUCCCGCUGACCACCACAGCCUACACGUGUCAGUACAAGCCUGACAUUCCUGUCAACGGCCCCUUGCUGAAUGGUCUGGAAGGGAGUAAUGUGAAUUUCCCCACAGGAACCCCUAUCUCCUGCACUACAACUCUAGGAGCAGGAACCCCAGUGUACUAUGUGAUGACGGCUGUUCACACCAGUGGCACUCCGGUGGUCGUGUGCAACAAAACCACCAGUGUGUUCUCGUGCAUGCUGAAUGAGGCUGGACAGUACUCGGUGGAGGUGAAAGUCAUCAACCCGCUUGGGUCAUCUACCCCGGAGACGAAAACCAUCAUCAUGCGUCAACCAGUCAACAACAUAAUCGUCACCGAGCUAAACCCCAACGCCAUAGCUGGCGAGGAGAAGAGUUUCCAGUUCCAGUUCGACGAGAUGGGUGAAGACAGCUGCAUGAACGUUGACUUCGACGACGGGUCAGGCACUACAUACAACUACGGUGACCCAGCCCACUGUUCCAUCUAUCCAGACUUUGCCGGAGGAAGGAAUGCAGGAUCCUUGGUGAACCCAAUGAUUGUACGCUUCAAAUACGACGCCGUCGGUAACUACAGGAUCAACGCCACUAUUUUCAACACCUUCUCUUCAACGCAUAUCAAUUUAUACCAUUCGGUUAGCGCCCAAGAUUGUAGCAAGCCAGAGGUUAGCAUUGAAGAUGGCAUCACAAAUUUUAAAACGCCCCUCAAGUUCAAGAAAAGCGCUGACAUUGUCAUCAGAGGCAAGUCAAACAUCACAUGCGCUGCUACGCUUCAAAAUACCAAAAGAUGGGAAGUUGACAAGAUUAACGAAGAGUAUGGGACAUCUUUAGGCUCCGCUGGUUUUGAGUCGGACAAAGCUGAACUUGUGAUCCGGUCGAAACAGCUGGACUACGGAUUAUACAAGGCCACAUACAGUAUUAAGAUGGACCUAUCUGACGGAACAAGUUUCAUUGCCUAUGCUCACACAUUCUUCGAGGUGAUCAAGUCUGACCUCGUGGUCGUCCUAGAGAUAGGGGGCAUCAGUGAGGUUGACCGUGGUGAGAAUCUUGCUGUGACCUUCAGCCCUGAGAUAUAUUCAUUCGACCCCGACAUUGCAGUUCAGCAGCCCUUCGCUGGAUUCACGUGGAGCUGUAAGUUGCUGAAGAACCUAUCCUUGCCAACUGCCUGCGACACGAUCAACGGUCGAACAGGAGGCGUGCUCACCUUCAACACCAACGUGUUCGUGGUAGGAGAGCAGGUGGAACUCUCUUGUAACGUAUCGAAAGACACAAGGACAUCCGUCGGCUCCAUUGUGGUCAACAUUGUCACAGGCAAUCCUCUCAACUUAUACAUCAUGCCGGCGGGCAGUAGCAUGACGACCCAGCAAGCGAACGGUAAGUUGGUGUCGUCGCAGGAACGUCUGGCGUUGGAGGUGAAGUGCAAGGACUGCCCCGCCAACGUCGCCCUCAGCUGCCAGUGGACAGCCGCCUCCUACGACUACAGAUGGCCCUGGCGAGCAUACUUCGACAGCGAAGUUGAGCCUCAUCUUUCUGCAAUUGAUGGGAUGAAGUCGCAAACAAUCGGCAUCAAUCCAACGUUAUACGACAUCCAUGCCAAUGUCACCCGAUACCGGUUUUCGGUCAAGUGUGCCCAACCCGGGGGUGACGAAGGCCAAGCUGCCCUCAACAUCAACCUGAAUCGUCCCCCUCAGCCGGGAACAUGCGUCAUCUCCCCCCAGAGCAGCACCCUCACAUGGGAAGGAACUGGGGCAUUCAACGUUAAGUGCUCGGGGUGGCAUGAUGGCGACGGAAUUGCUGGGUUUACAUUCUACAGUAAACACAAGAAUAACGAACUCCCCCAGCAGAUAACGACUUUCAGAGAGGCUGAUGACAUCACAAUCGACCCGCCACUUGGUGCGGAUUACGAUGACUUUAAGGAAGCGGUGUGGGUGGACGUAAUCGACUCCCUAGGCUCCGCCUACAGCUAUUUCAUCGACACCGUGACGGUCACGCCAGGCAGUACAGAACAGAUACGGGCAUGGACUUCAAACGAGAAGAUGUUCUCUCAGACGGCCAUUGACAAGCUGGCGGCAAGCGGCGAGCAGAAAGCGGUAACGGAGAAGAUGACCCAGAUUGCGACACUAUUGAACACCGAGAGUAAGAGGAGCGAGAUAGAAUACCAACAAGUACCCGGAAUCGGCCCCAACAACGAAUACACUUCAUUCUUAGCCCCCGGCGACAACACCGUUGCCAACGGGAUGAACGAUGCACAAGCACAGGCCAACUUGGCGGAUCAAGCAGCCCUUCUUGAGCGAUACAAUAUCCAGAGAGACAACAACGCUGCAGUCCGAGACCACAUCGCCGACAUCUGCGCCAACAUGACGACUCCAGAUCCUGCGGCUAUGCAGCAAGUACUCACCUGCCUCCACACCGUUGCCUCGGAGGCUAAUGAGUGCACGAGACACUGUCAGCUGGUGACCCUUUCAAAGACUGAAGAGAUGGCGAAUGAUUUUGCCGAUUUGACUGCAUCAGCGGAAGUCAUCAAGGCACUUGGCGUGGCACUCCUUACAACAGCGUUAGAUUCCGUUACGGCCAUCGAUGUAAACGAGGAAUAUCCAACUCUAACUGAUAUUGUUACUGCCAAGAAAUCGGACAAGUACCCGAUCUAUGACACUGACCUCGAGUCCUCCGAUCCGAGUGUCAUUGGUUCUGCUGACCCUUUCAAGCAGCACGCCAAAAACGUACAUGCCGUGGAACAGGAGGAGGUGCAAUCAGGCAAUUCCGACAACGUGAAACUGAUCGUCGAUACCGUAGUGAAGAAAUUGUCGGGGACUCUCACCCCCGGGGAGUCUUUAAACUUCAGUACCCCCGCAGUCACCGGAUCCAUCAGCCAUGUUGACGCUGGCGAGACCGGAGGCACCGAAGUAACGUUGCCGCUCACAAGAACGUCUCUGUCCAUACCAGGUGCAAACAUCUUCGGGAACCUUCUCGGAGAGAACGAUACUGCUGUCAUAUCGGCAAUUGCUACCAAAAGAGACAUCAAUACAUUUGCCGACACAACGUCGAGUCUUGGACCAGACACACAGUUCCUGACAGUGGAGUUCUUGACACAGAACGGUUCCACGAUCCCUAUUAAAAACACUCCAGGAACCUAUCAAAAUUAUCAUCGCACAUUCCACAAGCGGCCCCAUGAACUACACAGAAUCCACGUUACAUAUUGCAAACUGGAACAACCUCUACUACACCAGAGUGAACCUCACCGGCGACGACUCUUCCAUCCACGUGGACGUGCAAGACCUUGCCGAUCCCGAGAUCCAGGUCCUCCUUGUGGUCAAGAAGGGUGAACUUGGGAACAUUGAGAAAGGAAUAUGCGAUGACGUUGCGUUCAUACCACAAACACUAGCUCCCCCACGAAUCAUGUCUUACACAAUGGACAAUCGGAAGGUCCAGAAGUUCACGGGCACAGUGUGGAUUGGUUUCCGACCA